UAUACGCGUUUGUCGGUGCGGUUACUGUUGGGGCUUUUUAGCACGGGCUGGUGUGUUAAUUUGUGCAAGCAAAAUGCAAAAUAUUAAUACAAUUCUGAACAAAUUAAUCAUUUAAAUACUGUGCGUGACGAAAACGUCAACUUCAUUAAAUGUAUUUAAUGUAUAGAAAAUCUAUCGAUUUUUAGAAACGAAGUUGCAAACUAGCGGUGUGUGUGUGUUGGUGUGUUUGUAUGUUUAUGCAUAUGUGUAUGUAAACUUACAUACAUUUGUAUGUAUAUUCUUAUGUACUAAUAGAAAACUCCAGCCAUUAAGAAAAACAGCAACGGUCCACAGCAAAAAUGUCUGCGACGGCUGCCAAUUUUUUGGGGAUGGACCUUAUCUCAUCGCUGCCAAGUGAUGUACGCGAAAAGCUAGCUGAAUUGGACUUGGAGUUAUCUGAAGGCGACAUAACACAGAAAGGAUAUGAAAAGAAACGGGCCAAAUUAUUGCAGCCCUAUCUCAAGAAACAGGAAUUAAACGAUGUGGAAAAGGCAAAGAACUUGCCGCCACCGCCAUAUUAUAACAUAAAAGAUAGCAACAAUAGCAACAACAGCAACAAUAGCAACGUCAACAGCGAUGGCGUCAUCAUUUCCAGCGAAGGCUAUAGCUAUGUGACUGAAGUACCAUCAUUACCCUCAUCACAACAAAGGCAUUCCAAAAAGUCUGACUUUCACCAGCCCAGCUCAGCCAUAUCAUCGUCAUCGUCGUCGGCCACGCCUCAGGGCGGUGGUGGUGGUGCACCUGGCUAUGAGAAUAUGCGACCGCAAGGCGGCGCCGUUGGCGAUCCCGGCUAUCAGAAUACCCGCGAACCGAACACCUUCCAGAACCAUGGUGGACAUCCGUCAUCGAACAGUAGCCAGCAUCGACAGCGGCGCACACAACGUAAAGUAACGCACAAUGAGAAACGAUAUCAUUCCGAGGUGCGCCAGGAAGCUGUACAACAGGCACUGGCUGCGCUCAAGAGUCGACCCAAGCCCAGCCUGCCCAUGCCCUCCAAGCGCAGCUCCGUGCUCAAUCGGAGUCCCGGCUGUAACGAUGAAUUGGAUUCAUCCAGUGAUGACGAAUCGAUACCCGAGGAGCUCAUUUCACCCGACAAGGAAUAUAAUUAUCCGCGUGAUCACAUAAGCAACAGUAUGCUGCCGCCCGAGCCAAUUAUAAAGCCACCAAUACGUGAAUCAUCCAUGAGCGCACAACAACAGCAUUUACGGCACGAUGUCAAGCAAUCUCAAGCGCCGAUUCAGAAGUAUCCAUCGUCGGGCAGUGCGGCCGAGAGACGGCCACCGCAGAAUUUACCGCCUCUGCCCACAUCGGACACUUCGAGCACAGACUCCCCACCCAUUGGAUAUAAAAGAGAUCAUGAAUUCACUGACAAGGCAUAUAAACAGAAGCAUUUUAACGCGCCCGACAUUACCCAGUUUAAUAACGCACAUCGCAUAGCUGAUCGUGUCACACGUUAUGUGAACGUCUCUCAGACGGAGCUAAAUGAAACUGAUGCGAAUGGCAAAUGGAAAGUUUCGGCCAAGAUUCAACAAUUGUUGAACACAUUAAAGCGACCCAAGCGACGGCCGUUGCCCGAGUUCUAUGAGGACAAUGAUAUUGAGCUUGAGAUUGCGGCCAAUCCCAAGGAUCCGAAUGCACCCAAGCCGGAGGGCAGCACCAUGACACCAGUGCAAGGCGAACAGCUAUCGAUACCAGCUGGCUUGCCACGCACAUUGGAGUGCGCACUGCAGCGCUAUGGCAUAAAUUCUUUCAAGAGCUCCAUGGCCACCGUCUUGGAUCCGAAUGGUAAAAUAACCACGACCCUGACCUAUGGCAAACUAUACUCGCGUGCCCAAAAGAUCGCCUAUGCGCUGUCCACCAAAAUCUUUAGCAAAGGGCCCGAACAGGUCACUCUAAAGCCUGGCGAUCGCGUGGCCCUGGUCUAUCCAAACAAUGAUCCCUUGAGUUUCAUAACGGCCUGGUAUGGCUGCAUGUUUCGGGGCUUGGUGCCGCUGCCCAUUGAAUUGCCGCUCUCGAGCUCGGACACGCCUCCGCAGCAGGUGGGCUUUCUGCUGAGUUCAUGCGGCAUCACCGUGGCGCUAACAUCGGAGGCCUGCCUCAAGGGACUGCCCAAGUCGGCAACGGGCGAGAUAGCCAAAUUGAAGGGCUGGCCACGCCUACAAUGGUUCGUCACCGAGCAUCUGCCCAAGCCACCCAAAGACUUCAAUGUGGGCAAUUUGCGAAUUGAGGAAACAGCUGCGGCGUAUAUUGAGUAUACGACUGAUAAGGAGGGCAGUGUAAUGGGCAUUACUGUUACCCGCGCUGCCAUGAUCAAUCAUUGUCGUGCCCUGACUAUGGCCUGCCAUUACACAGAGGGCGAGACCAUUGUCUGUGUGCUGGAUUUUAAACGCGAGGUCGGCCUGUGGCAUGCCGUCCUCACGUCUGUGCUGAAUGGCAUGCAUGUGGUAUUCAUUCCGUAUGCUCUGAUGAAGCUGCGACCAUCGUCUUGGAUGCAGCUGAUCACAAAACAUCGUGCGUCGUGCUGUCUGGUCAAGAGCCGAGAUCUGCACUGGGGCUUGCUGGCGACCAAGGAUCAUAAGGACAUCUCGUUGGCUUCGCUGCGCAUGCUGCUCGUUGCCGAUGGCGCUAAUCCCUGGUCGUUGUCCUCGUGCGAUCAGUUCUUAAAUGUAUUCCAAGCGAAAGGCCUGCGAUCGGACGCCAUUUGCCCCUGUGCCAGCAGCUCCGAGGUCUUCACGGUCUCACUGCGUCGACCGGGUCGGUCGUCUACAACGGGCUUCUGCCAAUCGGCGACUGGACGCGGAGUCUUGUCCAUGGCCGCCCUCUCGCAUGGCGUGGUGCGUGUAGACAGCGAGGACUCGCUGACUUCGCUCACACUGCAGGACUGCGGGCAAGUGAUGCCAGCCGCCCAAAUGGUGGUUGUUCGCUCCGAGGGCGCCCCAGUGCUCUGCAAAACGGAUCAGGUGGGGGAGAUUUGUGUGACGAGUGGCUCAACGGGUGCUAGUUACUUUGGACUCGAUGGCAUGACGAAUUCGACAUUCAAAGUCCAACCCCUGUUGGAGGACCCAGAGCAGCCGAAGGAGACGGGCGGCACGAUUGUGAGCAGCCCCAAGCCACUUAGCGAAGAGUAUUAUGUACGCUCCGGUCUCUUGGGCUUCCUGGGACCCGGCGGCUUGGUGUUCGUGUGCGGCUCACGCGACGGCCUGAUGACGGUGACCGGGCGCAAGCACAAUGCAGAUGACAUCAUUGCCACGGUGCUGGCCGUCGAGCCCAUGCGCUUCAUCUAUCGCGGACGCAUUGCUGUGUUCAGCAUCAAAGUGCUGCGCGAUGAGCGCGUCUGUGUCAUAGCCGAGCAGCGGCCCGACUGCUCCGAGGAGGAGAGCUUCCAGUGGAUGUCGCGCGUGCUGCAGGCAGUCGAUUCCAUACAUCAGGUGGGCAUCUAUUGUCUGGCCCUGGUGCCGCCCAAUCAUUUGCCAAAGACCCCGCUGGGCGGCAUACAUCUGUGUGAGGCGCGGCGUCGCUUCCUGGAGGGCUCGCUCCAUCCGGCUAAUGUCCUGAUGUGUCCGCACACAUGCGUCACCAAUCUACCAAAGCCACGAGAAAUGCAUCAAGGUGUGCAAACAACUGCAAAACUAAGCUCAACAUCUGGCUGUGGUAUUACAGACACGGGCGUAGGACCCGCCUCGGUCAUGGUUGGAAAUUUAGUGCAGGGCAAUCGUUUGGCUGUUGCACACGGACGCGACGUGGGCAUGGCUGAGGACGGUGAGCGUAAGCCCCAAUUGAUAACAGGCGUUUUGCGUUGGCGCGCCAACACCUCGCCGGAUCACAUCAUAUUUACGUUGCUCAAUUCCAAGGGCGCCAUAGCCAAGACGCUGACCUGCUCCGAGCUGCAUAAGCGAGCUGAAAAGAUUGCUGCACUGCUGCAGGAACGUGGCAAGAUUGAGCCAGGUGAUCAUGUUGCGCUCAUAUUUCCACCUGGCUUGGAUUUGCUCUGCGCCUUCUAUGGCUGCCUUUAUCUGGGCGCAAUACCUAUAACAAUACGGCCGCCGCAUCCACAGAAUUUGAUAACAACCUUGCCCACUGUGCGCAUGAUUGUCGAUGUGUCCAAGAGUGGGAUUGUGCUCUCCAUACAGCCGAUUAUUAAGUUACUAAAAUCGAGGGAGGCGGCCUCGUCCAUCGAUCCGAAGACCUGGCCACCCAUACUCGACAUCGAUGAUAAUCCAAAGCGUAAAUUGGCCGGCAUAGCCACAGUCUCGCUGGACUCCAGCGCCUAUUUAGAUUUCAGUGUAUCGACAUGCGGUCGUUUAAGUGGCGUCAAUAUAACUCAUCGAUCUCUGUCUAGUCUGUGCGCCAGUUUAAAACUGGCCUGUGAGCUGUAUCCAUCGCGGCAUGUCGCCUUGUGUCUGGAUCCCUACUGUGGCCUUGGCUUUGUCAUGUGGACUCUGAUUGGUGUGUACAGUGGCCACCAUUCCAUAUUGAUUGCCCCCUACGAGGUGGAGGCCAAUCCCAGUUUGUGGCUCUCGACGCUGUCGCAGCAUCGCGUACGCGACACAUUCUGCUCGUAUGGCGUCAUUGAGCUGUGCACUAAGGCUUUGAGCAAUUCGGUGCCGUCGCUCAAGCAGCGCAAUGUGGAUCUGAGAUGUGUGCGCACCUGCGUCGUUGUGGGCGAGGAGCGUCCGCGCGUGACACUGACCCAACAGUUUUGCAAACUGUUCCAGGGCCUCGGCCUGAACACACGCUGUGUCUCUACUUCCUUUGGCUGUCGCGUUAACCCGGCCAUAUGCGUUCAGGGCGCCAGCUCGGCUGAGAGCGCACAAGUGUAUGUGGACCUUAGGGCGCUGCGCAACAAUCGCGUGGCAUUGGUGGAGCGAGGUGCGCCCAAUUCGUUGUGUCUAAUUGAAUCCGGCAAGCUGCUGCCUGGCGUCAAAGUGAUUAUAGCAAAUCCGGAAACUAAGGGCCACUGCGGCGAUUCACAUUUAGGUGAAAUUUGGGUGCAAUCUCCGCACAAUGCCAACGGCUACUUUACUAUCUAUGGCGAUGAGACCGACUAUAAUGAUCAUUUCAAUGCCAAGCUGGUCACGGGCGCCACCUCUGAGGUGUAUGCACGCACCGGCUAUCUGGGCUUCUUGCGGCGCACCGAAUGCUCACAGGCAGCCUCCAUAUUAGAUGAGACCACACCGAGCGUGGCAAGUCGUGACAGUGAUACAGAGUCAUUGAACUCCAUGAGUCAAUUGCAGUUGAACUUUUCAAAUACUUCGCUGGGCGGCAAUUCGGAGCACAGCCUGGUGGGUGGCGCAGUUAACUCCAGUGAUCAGGAAUUGCACGAUGCGGUUUAUGUGGUUGGCGCUCUGGACGAAGUGAUUUCGUUGCGCGGCAUGAACUAUCAUCCCAUAGAUAUUGAGAAUUCGGUAUUGCGCUGUCAUAAGAAAAUUGCUGAAUGCGCCGUCUUCACUUGGACCAAUUUGUUGGUUGUUGUUGUUGAGCUGGAUGGCAACGAAUCGGAAGCGCUGGAUUUGGUGCCCUUAGUCACAAACACGGUGCUGGAAGAGCAUCAACUCAUAGUGGGCGUCGUUGUAGUCGUAGAUCCGGGUGUUGUGCCCAUUAAUAGUCGUGGAGAGAAGCAACGCAUGCAUUUACGGGAUGGUUUUCUGGCCGAUCAGUUGGAUCCCAUUUACGUUGCAUACAAUAUGUAAAUAGUAUUAUAGCGCUAAGCCCGGCGCCAUCCAAAAGUAUGACACACAAAUAUUUAUUCAUCAUCAUAUAAUGAAUUUUCCUCGUAAUCAUGAAACACAUAAGAAAACAGAAAGCAAAAGAAGAAAAACCAAACACGAACACAAUUAGAUUUGCAUGACUUAGAAGUAUUUGGCAUCGAUAGAGCAGAAA